UCAAAACAGUCGCUUUGAAGGCAUCGUCUCAUAUUUCACUAAAAAAUUGGCAGAAAUUAAUAGAAAUUCGCUAUUUUGACGAUAAAAUCUCUUACCGAAGGUGUUGGAGCAUCAAAAAAAAUCGAAAUUCAUUAGCAACAAUUACGAGUGAGGCGUUAAUUGACACCCGAUUGUGUGCAUCGUUCGGCAAAUUGCGUCAAAGUCAACAAAAUUUCCUUCAAAAAUGGCAUUGGUGCGGCUUUUAUUCAGAAAUUCACCAAAAAUUCAAGGUUUCAGGGCUUUUUCGACGACUUUUCCGUCAUUUGAGAAGCUGGCAACGAAAUCUGUCCCCAAACACGAUUGGAACAGGGCAGUUAGUGAAGCUGAAAAAAUUGUUGGAUAUCCGACAUCAUUUCUAAGCUUGCGAUGGUUACUGAGCGAUGAAAUUGCCAAUGUAGCGUUGCAUUUACGCAAGUUGGUCGGCAGCAAUCAUCCGUUACUGAAAACGGCGAAAAAUCUCAUCUACAACGGCAAAACCAACAUGCAGGCAUGGGGUCUCAUUGUCUUAUUACUGGCCAAAGCGGCGGGUCAUUCGCCCAAAAUUCCCGUAAUGGAGCAAGAUAAGAGUGCCGGAGUACUGCAUUCGCAACGUGCCUUGGCAGAAGUCACGGAAAUGAUCAGGACAUCGCAUUUGGUGCAUCAGGGUUUGGUAAAUUUGCAGCCUUUGGUCAACGCGGGCAACGAAUUGUCCUCGGAGAGUGAAAUGAUUUUCGGAAAUAAGAUCGCGUUGCUCGGCGGAGACUAUUUACUCGGAAAUUCUUCGUUGGAAUUGGCGAAUUUACGAAAUCAGGACAUUGUGGCGAUCAUUUCUUCGGCCCUGAGAGAUCUUUCGGAGUCAAAUUUUGUCGGCGAUCGAGACGAACAAAAUAAUCCGUUGCCUUCUGAUCCGAGAAAAAAGCCAAAAAUGCCGGAAACGACCUCAGAAGUGCCCGAAAAUGACGACAACGUUGACAAUUUGAAGCCAAUUAGCAUGCAAGGCGUCAUGGGCAACCCCGAAAAGGAAUGGGCUUUGCGAAAUAUCCUCAGCGCCGGAAGUUUAUUGGGCAAAUCGUGUCAAGGAGUCCUAAAAUUAGCAGAAUUAGACGAAAGAACGCAAAAACAAGGUUACCUCUUUGGAAAACAUCUCGCACUUGCAUGGCAGGCAUGCAUUGAUCUCGAGCCUUUUCGCUCCGCGACACUUCCAAUUGGAGAGCAAUUCAGUCUCGUCUCGGCGCCGGUUUUGUUUCAUCUCGAAUACGAUCCUUCCUUGUACGAGGCGAUUGCAAAAGGCGCCAAAAAUGUCGAUGAAGUAGAUUUUGAGCACAUUCAUCGCGAAAUCCUCAAAGGACCAGCAAUUGAAAGGACGAAAACGUUGGCGAGGAAACACAGUCAAGCGGCGAUGAAUGUGCUGAAUGAGUUUCCGCCGUCAGAUGCGAGAACCGCACUGCAAAAUAUAAUUCUGGCGAUGCAGGAUAACUAACAAAAGGGGAGUUGUAAGAAUUUUUACAACGACAAUCAUUCCGUCCAGCAUUUAUUUUGAGGAGAGGGCUUCUGAAAGUAGAGAGAAAAUUUAUAUUUUUAUACGAAUUUAGGAAAAAAUUUGAUCUAAAUUGAGAAAACCAAAAAUUUGACAAACAAAAUUAAACCAAAAAAAAAUUUGAGCCAAAAUUUUAGAAAUUUAUAGAUUUUAGGACUGAAACAGGUAUUCUAAAUUAAUAAAAGUUUAGGCAAAUUAGUGUGUUAUGGGUUAGAAAAAAAUUUUUUUUAUUUUUUUUAUUUAAUAUCUUUGUAAGUUGUAAAAAAUGGGUAUUUUGUCGUUGAUUCUCAUAAAAUUUGAGGGCAAAUAGUCUUUAAAGAUUUUUUUCUUUACUUUAUGAUUUAGGUUUUAGCAUGAAUGCGUAAAGAAGUUCAGUUUUCGUUUGAUUUUUGUGACA